AUUUUUGGCGGAGCGAUACAUUCUCAUAUAGGUAGGACAAUUGUUUGGAUUUGUCAGCCUUUCACAUAUUGUUCAAUUCUAUCCAAGGGAGAUCGAAGAAUGGUCGAUGUAUAUUGGCUCAACAAGCUGAUGGCUUUCAGGAUACGUUGGUGUGGUAAUACUGUGUAGUCAGUCGCUCGCUAGACGUACAUAUCGGUAUUGCGCAGCUGGUGUCAUAAUUCGAACAUUCUCGUUGAGAGAUAGCAUAGACUAUACUGAAGACUCCGUCACGAUUUAUCACCUCCUUCACUGAAUAUCACAUCUCAAUUAUAUCAACUACUAUGUACGAUUCCAUGUCACUUCUCAUAAGAUAGUUCUUGUUGACAGUGUUUCCAAUAUUCCGCACUGCAGUCUAGUUGAAGAUUCCGAGUUUGAAAGUUUGAGAACAGCAUUAACAGAUUUGUUGUUUUCACUAUCUGGAAAUAAUCUCGACGUUUGAAGCUCCCUUAACAACUACAACUAUUCAAACAACUCCUCAACAUGACGUCUAAUCCCACCUCCACAAUUCCCAUUAUCGACUUUGCUCCCUUUCUACAUCCCACCUCUCCAACAUCUCGUCUCGAAACUGCAAAAGCCCUCGUCAAUGCUUGUCGUCAUUUCGGUUUUGUAUACAUCAUGAAUCAUGAUGUCCCCUCCUCAUUGCUCGAAGAAGCUUUUGCAAUGACGAAACAACUGUUCGACCUUUCACACGAGGCAAAAAUGCAAGCGCCGCAUCCACCCGGUCCAAGCGUUCAUAGAGGAUACUCGUAUCCGGGGUUGGAGAAGGUAUACCAGGUCAUUAGUGACAACGCUGAGUUAGGAGAGAAGAUGAGAGGGGUGAAGGAUUGUAAAGAAAGUUAUGAAAUCGGCUCCGAACAAAAUGCCUCUCAACCAAAUAUUUGGCUCCCCGAAUCCACACUCCCAGAUUUUCACUCCUUCAUGCAAUUCUUCUACCACCGUCUGUCCACCACCGCUAAAACGAUACUCCUAGCCCUCGGCACAGGACUAGAGCUUCACAACCCCUCCUUACUUGCAGAUUUCCAUUCCGGGCAUACCAAUCAACUACGACUCCUCCACUAUCCUCCCAUCCCCGCCUCUGAAAUCGAAACCGGACUUGCAGUAAGACUACCAGCCCACACCGAUUUUGGAAGUAUCACCAUGGUAUUUCAAGACGAGUGCGGAGGAUUGGAAAUCGAGCAUCCGAAGAAACCUGGUGAAUUCAUCAGAGCGGAUCCGGUUCAGAAUGCUAUCGUGAUGAAUAUAGGUGAUCUACUUAUGAGAUGGACUAAUGAUGAUCUCAAAUCCUCACUCCAUCGCGUACAACUCCCCCACUCAACCUCUCGCUACACAAUCACCCAGGAAGGAGUAAGAAUGACACAAGCGCGUUAUUCCAUUCCAUAUUUCUGCGGACCGGAUACGGAUAAAUCUAUAGAAGUUUUCAAGGAAUGUGUAUUGGAGGGAGAGAAGAAGAAGUACGAACCAAUUGUGGUUGGAGAAUAUUUCAAAAUGAGAAGCGCGUUGGCGUAUCAGAGUUAGGUUGAGUUAUGAGGAUUCUGAGUGAGAGGUCAAGAGGUAAUGGGGAGAUGGUUGUGCGAGUUGUGACUUUCUGUGGUUGGAAAGUGUUGAUCGAUUGGUGUUGUUGCUUGACAAAAUAUGAGACAGAAAUAUUGAAGUUGCUUGUUUUGCCACCGUCAGUUAAUCUUGGGAACAAAGCUAUACGAAAUCGAGUGAUCGAUGCUUGCAAGUUUUACAAGUACAUUCUUUCUCUUCCUAAUCAAUCCCGAAUGGAUC